CUUCAGGCCAGGAGAUGAGCAUAAACACAUUCUAUUGAGUGAGUCGAAAGGAUCUGGAUGCAAAGUCAUUUAUGGUCGACCGUAUAGUUCUUGGCAAUGUAGGGCGCAUCAAGAGCUCCGUGUGUGCCGGUCCAUAGUCAAUCCGACUCUGAGGUUCUGCAGGUUAUAUCUUAUCGUCUGUGGUCUACAAGACCUGGAGACUAAAAAGAACAGUACAAUGCAAGUGCUAGGUAAUUGUGCUACUUGGGCAAUUCCUUCAUGGUUUACACAUCUUUUCCUUGACUUGAAAACAACCCAGCUAACAUUCGGAGGGGGCGAGCACUCAGUAAGCCGAGGCUGAAAUUGAUCUCCCCAGUGCUUACCUAGGCACGGAGCGACAGUAUGGAGUAGUGCGUCCCCAGACAUCCUAGCCAGGACUUUAUCCGCGGCAGUCACAGCAGGUUACCUUUAUAUUUUUCAGGAUUGUAGAAGACAUCAACUUAAUAAAAGUGAAAUAGGCAAUAUCUAUCUCAUUUCAUCAUCAUACUGGGACACCAUGACUUCAACGGCCGAUCUCCGUGUGUCCUCGUUGUUCGGGUUCAGCAACCAUGUGGUGCUUGUCACUGGAGGCGCGACUGGACUCGGCGAAAUGGCAGCACAGGCGUUUGUCCAGAAUGGAGCCAAGGUAUACAUUGCAAGCCGCAAGGAGUCUGAGUUGAAGAAAACUUCGGACCGGAUCAACAAACUCGGCCCAGGAACGUGCGAAUAUAUCGUCGCCGACCUGAAGGACAAGGCCGGGUGUGAUGGCCUCGUCAAGGAAAUGAAGAAGCGGACCGACCGACUGACCGUACUGGUCAACAACACUGGUGUCACCUGGGGUGCUCCUUACGAUGACUUUCCCGAGAGUGGUUGGGACAAGAUCAUGGCUUUGAAUGUCAAGUCAAUCUAUUACAUGACAGUGGGAUUGCACCCUCUGCUACUUAAAGGCACCAGUGCCGACAUGCCCUCCCGGGUCAUCAACAUUGCUUCAAUGGCCGGCAUCAUGACCUCUGAUGUUACGGCAGGAGAUGAUGGCGGUCUCGCUGCUCCUGGAUCUGGAACUUUCUCAUACGGCCCUUCGAAGGCGGCCGCUAUUCACCUCACAAAGAUCCAAGCUUCAAAGCUGGCGCCAUUGAAUGUCAUGGUCAAUUGCGUAUGCCCUGGUGUCUUUCCCUCGAGGAUGACCAACUUCGGCAUCCAAAAGUACUUGGACACGCUUUUAGAACGACAACCCACAGGACGUGUUGGCAAACCCUCUGAUUUCGCCGGUGUGAUCUUGUUCUUGAGCAGUGUUGGGUCCGCUCAUAUGACGGGCAACGUCAUUGAACUUGAUGGUGGCAGUACGCUUACCGGGUGGAGGGCCAAGUCGAAAGGAGGGAGUAAAAUCUAGGUAGCCAGGAGUGUUACGGGAAUGGUCCAGGGUACAUUUCAGCCUUGCGCAGUGGGAACUGUGAAACAACCAUGAGCGAGGCCGAUGUCCUGACGAUCUCUAGGCUAGAAUAUGGAGUACCAUUUCAGACUCUACGAAACAUUAUGAAUGUCGCAUAGUUCUCAAAGACAGACUUGUUUGAGAGGAGAUCUGAUAGAUUUCUAUCUACCUAUGGUACGGAAUAUGGGACAUACAAAAGAACAGCCACCAGAACGGCCUUUUUUUGGCCCUAGUAAUAGAGUGACGGCAUCCAUGACCUUGGCACGGUUAAUGGUAGACGAACGUACUCCGUACUCGUAUAGUAUGGCUGCGUUUGCUGGUCGCCCC